UUGCAACAUCGAGACAUUCACCUCAACGAAGACAACACGACUGAUAAACAUGGAGAAAACACAUGAGCGCAUUUGACGAAGGAGACUAAAGAAAAUGGCACAGACUUGCCGGAAAAUGAAGCGACAGCACAUCGACGCAUAUCGGUCACUGACAAAUACGCGAAAUCUCUUGGUUUUCGACGAGGAAUACCAGAAUACGUGAGGAUUUUUUUUUUCAACAUCACCGCCACGAUCCGAGCAGAGGACAGAGCUAAAAAAAAAAAAAAAUGGCUACGAUAGUUGGUCCCGAGAAGGGUUCUGAACGGACGGCGAUAGAGAGGUUUGGUAGCGGAGGAAUGGCGCUUCUGCCUUGGACCAAACAGAUGCUCACCGUGUUGUGGGAACAGCUUCGGCUGCUGGUUCAGGUCAUUUACUACACCUUCAUAUCGGUUUUCCAGAUGUUCAGGUUCGAGGUUCACGUGAGAAUCACAGACGAGACAGGUCAGCACAUCCAGCACAUGAGCACGGCAACAAACCCAACUGAAUCCUUCCUCUUCUCCUCCUUGUUUGACGGAGACAACGGAGUGAUGGUUGGAGGUUCGAAUCCCCUCUCUAACUUCUGUGCUGACGUCAGCGACCCGUUCACUGGGAAAUCCACCGCUGAGGCCCUGCUGUCCAGUCUGCGCGCUGACGACCUGUGCUGCGGACUAGUGGACGACUUUGUGUCCAGAACAACUGGCAAAGAAGACGGCAUCUUUCUAGGACACCAAUCCAGCUGGAAAAUGGGCUUCCCGGGCGACUGGAACAUCUUUGUAUCGAGCAGCGACAGCUCUAGUUCAAGCGACGCCUGCCAUAAAAGCAGUGAGAAAGUUUUCAAACAGGACACUUCAGAAGAGGAGAGAAGCUCUCACUGGAGCAGCGAGGAAGACCAGAACGUAGUAGAAUUCGACAGUGAGGAGAGUAAGGCUCUCUGGGAGUCCCUGUCGAAAUCCAGUGAUCCGUACAACCCCUUCUUUUUCUCUGCGUGCAUUUCAACAAACACAAACAUGGGGAAGAGUAAAAGCGAAGCGAUGGGCAGCAGUGAUACUGACCUCGUGUCAGUGAGCAAGGCCGGCGAGGAGAUGUCGGGGCCCCGAGGCCUGAAUAUCUGGGUCAGUCGCUCCGACAGCGAGAGCAGUUGGAGCAGUUGGGCCAGUUCUGACGGUUCGAGCCCCGACAUGGACGAGGAGAGCGAGAGGCUCUUGGAGUUUUUCAGCAGUCAUGACCCUUACAAUCCCAUGUGUUUCACUGCAUGCACAGUGAGCAGCACAACGCCUCAAACCACCACCACAGUCUCUGGAGAGCAGGCCGCACUUCCCGCACCUCCCCCCAAGUCGGACACAGACACUGAGGAGAGGGAGAGCAGCUUCCCUCCUUCCUCUGAGGAUGACGAAGAAGAGCAGCUGUGGAAAUCUCUCUGCUCAAAGGACGACCCGUACCACCCUCUCAACUUUCAGGCCUGCCUCCAGAGCUCCCCAGCAACCACAACAACAACAACAACAACAACGCUACAGUCUGGAGAAGAUUCUGGUGCCCUUCAAGUCCACCACACAAAAAGUGUACCCACAAAGGGCAAGAAAUGUGAAAAAGAGGCAAAAACACCCCGAAGACCGAGAGCCACUAAGCCCUCCCUGCCCGAAAGACAUUUAAAGCAUCACUCCCAUCCAGACAAAACACUGGUGCCCUGGAAAAAGCCCAGACAAACACCUCAGUCACUGCCAGAGGAGAAGGAAAGCAAGGCCAGCAGCACCCAGAAACAGGUGCGAUUUUCUCCUCUAGUCCAAGUCCAUGUCAUGCGGACCUGGCCAUUUGCUCGACAGGCAUCUCGUAAAGGACACUGGGAAGAAAUGGUGCGAGACCGGGACCGCUUCAGGAGGCGGAUCCAGGAAACAGAGCAGGCCAUUGGCCGCUGCUUCACCCAGACCCACAGAGAGAGGAUCCGGGCGUAUCUGGACGGUGCCUUGAACUGAAUAGAAAUCCUCAAUACUGAAUGUUUUAUUUCCUUUUCGGAUGAGAACUUGUGAUUGGUUGCAAUGCAACAGUGAUUUUGAUUUAGGCCAAUCAGAAAUUUGUUGUUAGGCCAACUUUUAAUAUUUGGUGUCAAGUUGAACAACCUUGUACCUCAAAAGGUUUUAUACAUUGUGGGACUGUUGCACUGACUGACACUUUCUCAUAUUAACCUCAGCAUUAAUGUGUGGAAUGUUUUUGUAUGCCUUAUAUACCGAUGACCUAGUAAUGUAACUUAUUUAUGCCCUAUGGAGCUUGUCAUUUAUUUUAUUUUUUACUGUUUUUAUGUGUUUUUCUAUGUGUGAACAAACCACAGUGAAAUCUAGAAGUUAAAAGUAGAUGAUGAUAUCAUAAGAAAGCAGAGCUUCACAGUGCAAAGUGUCUUUGAGUUUUGUUUGAGCAUGAUGUAUACAUAUAAAGUUCUGGUGCAGUUUUUUGUCUUAUUGUUAAAUUAUUUUAGUUGUCUUGUGUUUUCUUAUUCGAUGGCACAUAAUAGCAGUGUGGAAAUAGAUAUCUUUGUUAUAUUUGACGGGAAAGAUUUAAACACUUUGUCCUAUGUAACUCACGCCGCUUCUUAUGGUAACAUCCUGUAGCCAAAAAUAUAUCAAAAUCAUCUGUAGCAAAUUUGUUAUUAAAUGCUUUGUCAAAUCAAUAAAAUGUGUUACACUGUCA